AGCAGCAGCGCAACAAUGAAUGUAACGAUAAACUGUCUCUUUCGCGAAAAUCUCCUACACACUAAAGUAAACAAGUGGUACGCGUGUGUAUUCGUGCACAAGUCCCGAGUGAGACGGCCCGAUAAGUGUGAAUGAGAAACGAGGAAAAGGUCACAUGAAAAGCUAAACUUCAAAAAUACUUGCUUUUCGUGAAACAAUUUAAUUUAUUGACAGGGAAAAGGAAUAUUCUAUUUAAAUUUACGGACGCGAUUUGAAUAACGGUGGUGUAAAAGUAAAAUAAAAAAAUUCGUAAUUUUCUUUUUUCAAUUUAAUUUUGGAGAAAAUUGAAAUAUAAAAAUAUUUGGUGUGUUUGCGCCCGUGUGUGUUAGUGAUAAGAAAAAUCCUUCGCUCGUUUUUCGAACGAAAAUCUGUUGUAUGUGCUGUCACAAAACGACCAUAUCAAAAUGAAUUAUUUAUCAAAUAUAAAUAAACUAAAUUUCGACCGAAUCACCAAUUGGUCAUUGCGAUUAGCGUUUGUUUUGGGUAUGUUCAUUUAUAUGACGAAUGCAUUACAAUUGGAAGGAUUGGCAACGAAAAAACCACGAACUACAAAGUAUCCAGCGAAAGCAGCAGUUGAGUCUGCAGCAUCUGUAUCACUUUAUCGAGUUAACAAUACGAAGGGAAUCACUUGUAUUCUCAUUAAAACGGAUGGCAUUUUGGAUAUCACAUAUCGUUCGUCAUCGGGUGAAGAUGUCACCGCCAACACAUUUAUGCCCGAUGACGUUGAACUUUCUGGAGAUUGUUCCGAAGAGGAUAUUGAAAAUUUAACAAUGAAAUUCAAAGGUUUUACAUUGUUUAUGAUAUUUAAGAAAACACCAGGCGGUGAACGAUGGUAUGUGAGUACCAUUGACUUAUCGUAUUCCUCAUCAAAUCCAUUGCUUAGACAAAUUGAUCGACCAAAUCUACCAGUGAAAUUGUCAUCUGACCAAAGAGUUCUGUUGUUCCCAACACCAGUUGGUAAAUCAUACAUGUGCAAUGAAUCUGAUAUAAUUCUAUAUUCACGGGAUGAAAAUGAUCGAAUUGGACACACAGCCAAACUUAAUUUACGUGAACUACGAAUGCAAAGUUUUAUGUACAGAGCAGCCAACACUUGGGGGCCACCAUUCCAGUGCUCGGCCACAGGAACUUAUCGCGAUGAAUCUGCACCAUUUUUUGUUGGAACAACGUUAGCAAUAGCAGCUUUAGCAGCAAUUAGUGCAUAUGGAGUAUGGAGGUAUUACAAAGUUAAAAAGUUUCAAUAUGGAACAAUGGAGUAAAUUAAAAGGAUUCUUCAUCGGGUAGAUCAUUUUUCUCGACGAUUGAGUAGCAAUUUCUUUUGUUCUGUUUUAUUUAUUCUUGAUUUUUCUGUAUAAAUGUUGAAAUCCAAUGAAUUUCGGUUUUGAAGCUCCAACGUGAUGAAUUGUCAUACCCGAAAUCUAAACUCAACGAAAAACAAAAAAAUGUGGAUCUUGGAAAAAAAAUUCAAUCUUUUUUUUAAUUUUCAAAAUAAAAAUUCGCCAAAUCCACGCGAUUCAAUUGUUAUUAUAUAUAAAUUGCCUCAUACUUCGAAAGAAUAACAACAAAAAAAGUACAACACAACAAUUACUCAAAAAAUAUGUAUUUUAGGAAUCUUUAAUUUAUGAUGCCCAAAGAAAAGAAGUAUAUUCAUUGAAAGAAAAUCACAGAAAUUGAACAACGCACUACAAUCCGAAUUGCAACCAAAAAAAUUAAACAAUCGUAUUAUAAUUGCAUAUCGAAUGUCAAGAUUUAUAUAAGUUUAGGGGAAUGAAUAGAAAGAAAAGUGAACAUACACAUAAUUACAUUACUGAUUUUUUUAAAUCUGAUAAAAAUUAACACAAUCUUCCUCUUCGACGUGGAAAAUAUGAAGCUCUCAUAUCUUAUUUAAAAAAAUUAGAUUAAAAUGUACAAUUUUAUUCUAAAAAUUCACUGAACGCCAGUGAAAUAUAUCAACGUUGCAAUAAUUGCCAAUAUCCCUCCGGAAGAAUCCAGUUCAAUGGACUUUAUAUUGACUCACAGGCGUAUUCUUCUCUUUUCGUUCGAUAACAGUUUAAAAAAAAACACUUAUAUACCUUGUUCUAAAGUCAAUCGUGAAAACACUGACAUUCAAACAAAAAA